AAACUAAUGGUUGUGGCAAAUUAUUAAGUAUUUCUACUCGAACAAGGCAUAGAAAGCGAGAAAAAAAUCUUCAAAAUUCUUUUCCAGUUUCAAAUAAUACAUCUAAUAAUAGUUUAAAUAAUCAAAUAAAUAUUGUUAGUAUGGGGGAUGUUGAGGAAAUUAUUGAACAAAAUUUAGAAAAUGAGGAAUUGGAAGAAGAUAAAUCAGAGGAGGAUAAAAUGGAGGAGGAUGAAUUAGAAGAGA